CGGAAGGCAUUUUGGACUUCCGAAAAAAAUCGGAAUUUUUCCGAAACACCCAAAUCCGAUCCGAUCCGUCCGAUCUCCACCCCUAUGUGCAUUCAAUGCAUUCUGACUAUUUCCUUGUUUGUCUUGUUCAUGGUGUUCAUAGAUUGAGGAUGACAAGAUUAUAGUACCCCAAAAUUCGUUGAUUGAAGUCAAUCAGUCUGGUCUUCUCAUGGGAACUUUGUAAGAAAAUUAGUCCAUCUUUCAGCGUUGGAGUAUCUCGGUAUUAAAGAAUAUAAACAUAAACCAACCAUGUCACGGAUAUGUGUGAAAAACUUUCCCAAGUAUGUGGCAGAGGUUCGUCUGAGAGAGUUCUUCUCCCAGAAAGGGGAAGUCACCGACGCCAAGCUUAUGCGCACCAAGGAUGGGAAGAGCAGGCAAUUUGGAUUUGUUGGAUUUAGGACUGAGCAUGAAGCCGAGGAAGCCACAAACUACUUCAACAAGUCUUUCCUGGAUACUUGCAGAAUUACUUGUGAGAUUGCUCAAAAGGUUGGAGAUCCCAAUAUUCCCCGCCCUUGGAGUCGACACUCAUUGAAGAAGAAGAAAGAGAAUGCUUCUGAAGAAGAGGAAAGAUUAACUGGUUCAGAAAAAGAGAAGACAACAACCAGCUCAAAAGUUUCUACAGCUGUAGUACCUCAAGGGACAAGUAAGAAGAGUAAAAAGGAUGAGGAGAUCGAUGACCCAAAACUUCAAAAUUUUGUUCUGGUCAUGGAGCAUCGUAGCAGGUCAAAAUUGUGGGCAAACGAUACACUUGCAGCCCCCUCUCUUCAGCAAAGCAAAGUAGCAACAGAUAAUAAAUUUCAUAUGGCAGAAGGGCAUGAUGGUAAAUUAAAUGGAGAGAGUGUUGAUCUUGAGGAAGUUAAGGGAGACGGAAAUGUUUUAUCAGAGAAACAAGAGCCAGAAAAACCAAAUAUUUUGGUUCAUGAUGAAUUUGUAUCCGACAUGGAUUACUUUAAGAGCAGAAUUAAAAAUAAAUGGUCAGAUUCAGAAACAAGCGACAGUGAGGGUAGUUCUGAUGGCACUGAUCAUAGUGAUGGUGAUGAUAAUGAUGACUGCAGUGACUCUCAGGACAAGAGUAACCAUGAUCCCAAAAGCGAGGUUGAUGAUGGCUCUUCUGGAGAAUGUGGAAUAAAUGGCUCAGGUGAUCCUUCAUCAAGUCCAAAAAACAAGAAUGAUGAAGUUCUAGAAUCUGGUCGUCUCUUCAUCCGUAAUCUUCCCUACACUACCACUGAGGAGGAACUGGAAGAUCACUUCAGUAAAUAUGGGACCAUCUCUCAGGUCCAUAUUUUCAUUGACAAAGACACAAGACGUUCCAAGGGAUUUGCUUAUGUUCUCUUUGCACUCCCAGAAUCUGCUGCUAGGGCAUUAGAAGAGAUGGACAGUUCAAUUUUUCAAGGAAGGUUAUUGCAUGUCAUGCCUGCUAAACAAAAAUAUGUUCCUGAUAUGCAAGAACACAGUCUGUCUUCAAAAAUGUUUAAGCAACAAAAGAUUUCAGAGAGGAAGGCAUCAGAAGCUUCUGGAAAUACACGGGCAUGGAAUAGUUUAUUUAUGCGCCCUGAUACUGUUGUCGAAUACAUUGCACGGAGAAGUGGUGUCAGUAAAAGUGAACUACUAGAUAGAGAAAAUGAUGAUCUUGCUGUGAGAAUAGCAAUGGGAGAGACUCAAGUGAUUGCUGAGACAAAAAAAUCUCUCGCAGGUGCAGGGGUUAAUAUUUCCUCGUUAGAGAAGUUUGCUGAUGGUAAAACUGAUGGUCUUAAAAGAAGCAACCAUGUUAUAUUAGUGAAGAAUUUACCUUAUGGUUCAUCUCAAAGUGAAUUAUCAAAUAUGUUUGGGAAAUUUGGCAGCUUGGACAAAAUCAUUUUGCCUCCUACUAAAACCAUGGCUUUGGUUAUCUUUCUAGAACCUGCUAACGCUCGGGCAGCUUUCAGAGGUUUAGCAUACAAGCGGUACAAGGAUGCCCCACUAUAUUUGGAAUGGGCACCUGGUAAUAUUCUCAGUGAAACUUCAGCUGUUGGUGAUAAUGAAGUUGUUGGUGGACAUGAUGUCAAGAGAGCUUUGCUAGAGCAACAAGUCAAAGAGACUACUGAUGCAGAUGUUGACGCUGAUAGAAUUGAGGUUAUUUUCUGGACUUAUUACGCUCUGUUUUCAUUCUAUAUGCUACUGUGGGUGAAGAAGCAUAUGAAGAACGGAAAAAAUGUUUCCAUGGGGUUUGGUUUCAUAGAGUUUGAUUCUAUUGAUACAACAGUGACAGUUUGCAGGGACCUGCAGGUAUUAUUCUCGGCUGCUAAUAGGAGAAAUUUUAUGUCCAUUGUCUUUUACUAUGAAACGAGUGCCUUACCCUUGUGAUUAUUGCUUCAGGGAACUGUAUUGGAUGUGC